AUGGCCGAAACCCAAACUUCAACUUACAAAAUCUGCUACGCCACCCAAUCCGACGUCCCGGUGAUAUUGCAGUUAGUCAGAGAACUCGCAGCGUACGAAAAGGCCCUCCAUGAAGUCCUCGCCACCGAACAAACUCUCCGCGAUACGCUUUCUUUCCCAGACUCUAAUGCCCCGGGUGGCUUUACACCAGGCUUUGCAAAGACACUGCUCAUAUCCGCCGCAGGAGAAGACCAAAUCGCAGGCCUAGCGCUUUACUUCCACAAUUACAGUACAUGGAAUGCUGCUCCGGGGAUAUAUCUCGAAGAUCUCUUUGUGAGGCCUGCGUAUCGGGGGAAAGGAUUCGGAGGCGCGCUGAUACAGGCUCUGGCGCGUGAGUGCGCGAGACUGGGAUGUAAGAGGCUGGAGUGGAAUGUGUUGAAGUGGAAUGAGCCGAGUAUUCAGUUUUAUCAGAGUGAGAGUGUGGGAGCGACGAGGAUGGAAGAAUGGGUGGGUAUGAGGGUUGAUGGGGAACGAUUGGAAAGGUUGGCGAGGAAAGACGGGUGA